GGUUCAUCAACUCUUUGUUGUUGAGAUACUAUGUUGAUACAUUAAAGGAUUGUUCUUAGUACUUUAUAAAUUAAUAUAAUUCUUUCUCAAUGGUGUUAGAGUUGAAGCUGUUAGGCUGCUGAGAUGGAGAACAUAUCCCCAUGGUCCCCAUGGACGAUUGAGCAAUUCACAUGGACGAUUAAGAACUUCUCUAAGUGUGAUUCUCAGAUGUACUCAGACAGCUUUUUCUUGAAUGGCUAUCCAUGGCGGAUUGUUAUGAAUCCAAAAGGGAACGAGAACAACUCUGGUUACUUGUCAUUAUCAAUUCUUUCGGUUGUUGCUGAUAUUACUGAUUUUUCUAAAGACUGGAAAAGAUAUGUAAAUCUUGAGUUGGCUCUUACUAAUCAAGCCAAUGCCUUGCUCACAAUUGUCAAAGAAACUGAACAGGAGCUCAAUGCAAGUAAUUAUUGCUGGAGUGUCGACAAGUUCAUACAUUUGGAUGAACUCCACAACCCAUGGAAUGCGUUUAUUGUGAAUGAUACUUGUAUUAUUAAAGCUCGGAUUAUUUCUGUCAGUGAACACGAGUAUGAAAGACUAAUUAAUCAAGAAGUUAGCAAGAUGGAUUCACCAGCGCAACCAAUUUCUGUCAAGGAAAUCUCUUUGGUGCCCUCGUGUGUCAAUUUGUGUGUCAAUUUGGUCGAUUUCAGGGGCUUAGGCAAAGUAGACAAAAAAUUUGUUCCACUGCUAGAGGAAGCAUGUUCAUGGCAUCCCUCAGAGAUAUGCAAGUGUGAAUAGGCUGAGGAAGACUAUAGAGGCUCUAGAGAGUGAUCAUGCUAAAGCAAGAGAAGAGUUGAUUGAAGCAGAAAAAGAAUUUGUAGAGAGGGAUUUGGAUGCUAAACUAGGCUAUGGAGCAGCUUAGACUUAUGUUAUUUUGCAUGAACAUGCACUUUUUUUUGUUAUCUUACUAUGUGCUUAUGAAACAUGCACUUCUGGAUGAUUUACUUUGAGUUAUAAUAAAUAUCCAUGCGGGUAUCCGUUGAAUUCCAU